GUUCACUUCUUUAACUGAGAUGGACAUGAUAUAAUCUCCACUGAGUCAAAGAAUGGCAUCUGGUUCUGCACUUCCCACGGAAGAUGAGCAGGUUUCCUCGGGCAUUGACGAUCUCCAUUUUUCACUGCAAGCUGAACAGGAGGACACCCAGAAGAAAACCUUCACAUGCUGGAUAAACUCACAAUUGGCAAAGCACAGUCCUCCCUCAGUCAUAUCAGACCUAUUUACAGACAUUAAAAAGGGACAUGUCCUCCUGGAUCUGUUAGAAGUACUCUCGGGACAACAGUUGCCUCGGGAUAAAGGAUCUAAUACAUUCCAAUGUAGAAUCAAUAUAGAACAUGCCCUGACAUUUCUACAAAACCAAUCAAUCAAGCUCAUAAAUAUUCAUGUUACUGAUAUUAUAGAUGGAAACCCAUCGAUUAUUCUUGGCCUAAUUUGGACAAUUAUACUGCACUUUCAUAUUGAGGAGCUUGCCCGGACUCUUUCUUGCAAUUAUAAUCAACCUUCUGUGGAUGAUGUGGGUGUGGUUGAUGCAUCUCCUACCUCAAGUCCUCCAGCUAAGAAAUGCUCCAAAGUCCAAGCAAGAUGGCAGAUUUCUGCAAAGAAGGCUCUUCUUUUGUGGGCUCAAGAACAAUGUGCCACGUACGAGUCUGUUCAUGUGACAGAUUUUAAGUCAAGCUGGAGAAAUGGGAAGGCGUUUUUGGCCGUCAUUCAUGCCUUGAGACCAGACCUAAUUGACAUGAAGAGUGUGAAGCACAGAUCCAACAAAGACAAUCUGAAAGAGGCCUUCAGAAUUGCAGAACGAGAAUUAAAAAUCCCCAAAUUGCUGGAACCAGAAGAUGUGGAUGUGGUUGAUCCUGAUGAAAAGUCAAUUAUGACCUACGUGGCACAGUUUCUGCAAUAUUCGAAGGAUGCUCCUGAAAUUAAAGAUAAGGCUUUGGGAAAGGUGAAAGAUGCUUUGGACUGGGUAACUCUGCAAGAGAAAAAACUGCAGAAGAUACUAAAGGAUUCAGCAGACGAGACCUACUUUAAAAAAUAUCAUAGCCUGCUGUCCUUUAUGGAGUCAUUCAAUGAAGAAAAAAAACCUUUUUUGGACGUCCUGUUGAUAAAAAGGAAUCUAGAUGAGCUGAAUGAAGAUCAGUUACAACUGAGAGAAGCCUGGGAUGGCCUGAACUAUCAGAUUAAUGCAUGGAAAACAAAGCUAAAUCAAGACCUGCCCUCUCCCCUGCAUCACGUCGAAGCUUGGCUCCAGGAGGUAGAGGAGCUUUUGGAGGCAGACUUGCCAGCCUCCCAGGAUCACUCUGAAGCCAUGACUCUGACACAAGAGAAAAUGACUUUAUUCAAGAGUCUGAUGGAUAGAUUUGACUGUCAUUCAGACAAUCUCCUGGCAUUUGAAAACAAAGAUGAGAAACAUUUGCCGUUGGUACCACCUGACAAAUUGGAGGAAAUGAAAAGACGAAUCAACAACGUUUUGGCGAAAAAUUUUAUUCCACUUCUGGAAUUUCAUUACUAUAAGUGCUCAGUUCUUGGUUUGCUAGAUGAAGUGAAAUCAAAAUUGGAUGUUUGGAACAUCAAAUAUGGGAGCAAGGAAUCUGUGGAAUUAUUGCUGGAAGACUGGCAUAAAUUUAUUGAAGAGAAAAAGUUUCUAGCUCAACUUGAUACUUCUUUUCAAAAAUGUGAAGAAAUUUAUAAGAAUUUGGCUGGAGAAUGUCAGAAUAUUGAUAAAGAAUAUAUAAUGGUGGAAUACAAUGUUCAUGUGUAUAGAAAAUAUAUAUGUAAUGUGAAGUCUACUCUACAAAAAGUUCUGGAAUGUUGGGGAACUUAUGUAGAAAACCUUCGCUUCCUAAAGUCUUGCUUUGAGGAGACAAAGAAGGAACAAAUUAAAGAGAUUCCCUUCGAGACACUAUCGCAGUGGAACCUAGUACAUAUUACUUUAAAUGAAGUGGGAAAUUUCUUAAUUGAAGUCAGCAAUGAUACAGUUGGAUCGUUUAUUUCUAAAGAACUAAGGAGGCUGAAUAAAAGAUGGAGAAAGUUUGUUACAAAAACUCAGCUGGAAAUGAACUUGCCUCUUAUAAAGAAAAAAGAACAGCCCAUUUUUGACAAUUCUGAAAAUAUUUUACUAUCUAAUGAGGAAAAACCAACUGUUUAUAUUUCAACAGAAAUGUCAAUAGAACUUCCUGAAAAUCACAAUGAGAAUAUAAAGGCUAGAGAAGAACAUGAAAAAGAAAAUGAAGAAUUCAUAGGGCAGCUAAACAUGGCUGAAGAGGUUGAAAAACUAAUUGGACAAGUGGCAAUCUGGGAGGCAGAAACCAAAUCUGUUUUGGAUCUUCUGAGACAUCAAGAUGAUGUGGAUACCUCAAUGGAAGAAUCUUUGCAGCAUCUUAUUGCCAAAGGCUCUAUGUAUGAAGAGCUUGUAGCUAGAACUGAAGAUACUUUACAGAUGGAUGUACAAACUAUUUCAAGCCAGGAGUCCCUCCAACAUGUUCUCACAGCUGGGUUUCAGGCAAAGAUUCAAGAAGCUAAAGAGAAAGUCCAGAUCAAUAUGAUAAAACUCGUUGCAGUGUUGAAGAACUCAGCUGAUGUUUCACCAGAAGUCGAUGUCAGGCUGAAGGUGGAAGAAUCACAGAAGGAACUUGAAUCUUACAUUACAAGGGCUGAGCAGAUACUGGAGCAAAGAGAGAGCCCCCGUGGACUCACGUCAAAAUACAAGGAAGCACUAAUAAUUUUUAGUACUAAAAGUCUGGCCAAGUAUUUGAAAGCUGUUGAAGAACUGAAAAAUAACGUAACUGAGGAUGUAAAACUGUCUUUGGAAGAAAAGAGCAGAGAUGCCUGUGCCAAGUGGGAGUCUCUUCAUCAUGAAUUGUCUUUGUAUAUUCAACAACUAAAAAUAGAUAUUGAAAAAGGAAAGCUUAAUGACAAUAUUUCAAAACUUGAAAAGCAAAUAAAUAGAGAAAAGAAACUUAUUCGUAGAGGAAGGACCAAGGGUCUUAUCAAGGAGCACGAGGCUUGCUUUUCUGAGGGAGGCAGUCUGCACCAGCUUUAUUGCCACAUGGAUGUCCUGAGGGAACUGUGUGAAGAGCUGACUUCACAGAAGAGUCAGCAGGAAGUGAAGAGAGCACUUAAAGACUACGAACAAAAGAUAGAGAGACUUUCAAGAUGUGCUUCUGAGAUUCACACGACACUGCACCCCACCAUGGGAGGCACAUCGAAAAAUGAGAGGACCAUGACCACAUCUGAGAAUGGAGGAAGAGAUUCCCACAGUGAGGUGCCGUCGGCAAAGUCAGAUAAUCAGCCAUCAAGUGAAAAGGCAAUGGAACCAACCAAGAAUUUUAGCCCAGCAUCAGAGUUAAAACCUCAACAAGAAGAAAGAAGUAUGGAGAAGUACGAAAAGGAUAAUGGUGCAUCUAUAAGUAGUUUACUAGAGAGUUAUGAUACACACAGAGAGAUUCUUGAAUUACACCUGCAAAACAACAAACACAGAAUUACUUCUGAUUUCUCUAGUGGAAAGGAGAGGACUAGUGCUUGUCUGCAGGAUAAACUGACAGCUCUACAGGUCUUAAAAAAUGAAACUGAUGCUUGCUGGAAAGAGUUCGAAAUCACUUCAUUGAAGUUAGAAAAUCUUGUGAGUGACAUAAAGAAGUCUUUUAUAGUUAAGACAAGAGACAGAUUAAAGAGAAAAGAAAGAGAGCUUCAGAUGUCUCUUAAUGCCAGAAUGGAGUCUUUAGGGAAGGCACUGCAGGCUGUGUUACCUAUGGAGAAGGAAUCUCUCCUUCUCUGUGGCUUGGACCAGCCCCUCAAUGAAUUGGCCAUCCAGGAAUUUCAUCUCACUGAUGCUGACAGCAUUUAUCAAAACCUGGGGAAUGCCCAAGAUUCCAUAGCAAAACAGAUUGAAAUAUGUACCAAUUUAGAAGAGUCGGGCAACUUUGCAUUAAAGGAAUUACACCCAUUUGAUCUACAUGCAGUGCAGAAUAUUAUACUGAAAUACAAAACACAACUGGAAGAGAUGAACCACAAGGUGCAGACAACUAAGGAUACCCUCAGAGCUCUAGAAGAUUUUUUAGCUUCUCUAAGAACAGCUGAACUCUCUGUUGAGCCCGUUACAGACCUUUCAGCCUCAGAUACACAGGUGGCACCAGAAAAUACUGCAACGGCAAAAAAUAAAAAGGGAGAAAUUUAUCUGAUGAAAGACAAGGCCAGACAUUUGGAUAAACGUCUGAAGAUGCUUGAUAUAAUCUUAAAAGCUGCCGAACGGGGUGAAGACACCUCCUGUGAAAAACUUCUUGAUGCCUUAUCCAUAAAGUUAUUUGAGAUACAUGACUACAGUGUGCAGGAGGAACUCACUGAGGAAGACAAAUUAGUAGAGGCUUGUAUUUUCAAAAAUAAUGAGCUCCUUAAAAAUAUUCAAGAAGUGCAGAGUGAAAUCAGUAAAAUUGGUCUUAAGGAUCCUACCAUUCCAGCUGUAAAACAUCGGAAAAAAUCAUUAAUCAGACUGGAUAAGGAUCUAGAUGAAUAUGAGGAAGAGAAGAAACACUUACAAGAAAUGGCGAAUUCUCUUCCACAAUUCAAAGAUGGCAGGGAAAAAACUCUGAAUCAACAGUGUCAAAAUACAGUCCUCUUGUGGGAGAACACAAAAGCUUCGGUUGCCGAAUGUCUUGAACAAUGUGGAAGAGUUUUGGAGCUCUUAAAACAGUAUCAGAAUUUUAAAAGUAUCUUGACAACUUUGAUUCAAAAAGAAGAGAACGUCAUCUCCCUCCAGGCUUCAUACAUGGGAAAGGAGAACCUGAAGAAAAGAAUAGCAGAGAUAGAAACGGUCAAAGAAGAAUUUAACAAACACUUAGAAGUUGUGGACAAGAUAAACCAGAUCUGCAAAAAUCUACAAUUUCAUCUAAAUAAAAUGAAAACCUUUGAAGAGCCCCCUUUUGAAAAAGAGGCUAAUGUUAUUGUGGAUAGAUGGCUUGAUAUAAAUGAGAAGACAGAAGACUACUAUGAAAAUCUUGGUCGAGCUCUGGCUUUGUGGGACAAACUUUUUAACCUAAAAAGUGUUAUUGAUGAGCGGACUGAAAAGGUUCUUCGAAAAAUGAAAUUACAGCAAUUGACUGAAGAGGACAGAGAAAGGCUAAUGGAAGAGUUACAAGUCCAUGAACAAAAAGCUUCAGAAUUUUCUAGAAGAGUGGCUGAAAUACAGUUUCUGCUUCAAAGCAGUGAAAUACCACUUGAAUUACAGGUCAUGGAGUCCUCUAUUUUGAAUAAAAUGGAACAUGUAAAAAGGUGUUUAACAGGAGAAUCCGACUGCUAUGCUCUCAGUGGCAGCACAGCUGAGCUAAGAGAGGAUCUCGACCAAGCCAAGACCCAGAUUGGGAUGACUGAAUCCCUUUUAAAAGCCCUGUCACCUUCCGACAGCUUGGAGAUCUUCACCAAACUAGAGGAAAUACAUCAGCAAAUUCUACAGCAGAAGCACAGUAUGAUAUUACUUGAGAAUCAAAUAGGUUGUCUGACUCCUGAACUCUCUGAAUUGAAAAAGCAAUAUGAAAGUGUCAGUGAUUUAUUUAAUACCAAAAAAAGUGUUUUGCAAGAUCACUUUUCUAAGUUACUGAAUGAUCAGUGCAAGAACUUUAAUGACUGGUUCAGCAACAGUAAAAUGAACCUUAAGGAGUGUUUUGAAUCAUCAGAAACAAAAAAGAGUGUGGAACAAAAGCUACAAAAACUUUCUGAUUUCUUGACUCUUGAAGGAAGAAGUAGUAAAAUACAGCAGGUGGAAACUGUCCUUAAGCAUGUGAAGAAGCAUCUGCCCAAAGCACAUGUGAAAGAGCUUAAUAGUUGGCUUGUGAAUCAAGAAUUGGAAUUAGAAAAAAUGGAGUCCAUAUGCCAGGCACGAGCAAAGGAGCUUGAUAACUACUUGCAGCAGCUACUGAGACUCCAGGAUGACCACAGAAACCUGAGUAAAUGGUUGACUAAUCAAGAAGAGAAAUGGAAAGAAAUGGAAGAAUCAGGGGAGAAAACCAAGCUAUUUUGCCAAGCUUUAGCUAGGAAGAGGGAACAAUUUGAAUCUAUGGCCCAGUUGAAUAACUGUUUGAAGGAAUAUGGGCUUACUGAAGAAGAAGAAAUUAUAAUGGAAUCAACAUGUUUGAUCGAUAGAUACCAGACUUUGUUGAAACAAUUAUGUGAAAUUGAGAAAGUGGAUAAGUUACCACCUGCUGAGGACCAGAGCUUUAAAGAUCUUGCACAUAAUGUAAUUCACUGGAUAAAAGAGAUAAAAGAGUCCCUUAUGGUUUUGAAUUCAUCUGAAGGCAAAAUGCCACUUGAGGAAAGGAUCCAGAAAAUAAAGGAAAUCAUUUUACUAAAGCCUGAAGGAGACGCCAAAAUACAGACCAUCAUGAAACAGGCUGCGAGCAGUGAGGCCUUGUUGGUUCGCAAGACCGUGACUGAUAUCCAGAGCCAGUGGGACAACACUCUCUAUUUAGCCAACACAUAUCUAAGCCAUCAAGAAAUGCUUCUACUAGAAGGAGAGAAGUAUUUGCAAAGUAAGGAAGAUCUGAAAUUAAUGCUCACAGAACUAAAGAAGAAACAAGAAGCAGGCUUUGCUCUGCAACACGGCUUGCAGGAGAAAAAUGCUCAGUUAAAAAUUUAUAAGAAAUUCCUCCAGAAAGCACAAGAUUUGACAUCCUUGCUAAAAGAGUUAAAAUCUCAAGGAAAUUACCUCUUGGAAUGCACUAAAAAUCCUAACUUCAGUGAAGAGCCUUGGUUGGAAAUAAAGCAUCUACAUGAAAGUCUUCUCCACCAACUACAGGAUUCUGUGCAAAAAUUGGAAGGUCAUGUUCAAGAACACCACUCAUACCAGGUUUGCGUUACAGACCUGCAUACCACAUUGGAUAAUAUCUCCAAGGAAUUUGCCAGUCUUUCUGAUAAGUCUGUGGAUCAAAGAGCAGCUGAGGAAAAAUUGCAGAAACUGCAGGACCUAGAGGAUAGACUCCGUUUAGAAGAUGGCACAUUAAAAAAGAUUUUAGUUUUAGCAAAAUCCAUCAAGCAAAAUACAUCUUCAGUGGGACAGAAGAUUAUUAAGCAUGAUAUAAAAUCACUCAAGUAUAAACAAAAAGAUUUGGAAAACAGACUUGAAUCUGCUAAGCAGGAGACGGAAAACUGUCUCAACAGUGUUCUCAGAUCAAAAUGCUCAACAGAAAAGAAAGAAAAGUUUACUCUGCCAAGCAGAGAGAAGCAGGCCACUUCUGAUGUGCAGGAGUCUUCUCAGGACUCGGCUGCAGUGGAAAAGUUGGAGGAAGACAGGGAAAUAAACAAGAAUUCAGCUGUGGAAAUGGUUUUGUCAAAACAACUUUCUCUGGAUGCUCAAGAAAGCAUGAAAAACACUGAAGAUGAGCAGAAAGUCAAUGAGCUGCAAAACCAACCUUUAGAAUUAGACGUUAUGUUAAGAAAUGAACAAUUAAAAGAGAUAGAGGAAUUAUAUACCCGGUUGGAAACCAUGAAAGCAGCCAUUGAACCACUGGAACAAAACGAAUGUUUCAACAAAACAGAAACGAGUGCCUUGGUUUUCUACAAUACAAGAUAUUCAGUGCACCACUUGGACAGUAUGCUUCAGGCACUUAUUACUUUGAAGAAAAACAAAGAAAGCCAGUAUUGUCUCCUUAAAGAUUUUCAGGAACACCUCACUACAAUUGAAUCCUCAGUGAAAGCUUUACUGACAGAAAAGGAAAGUCUAAAAGUGGGACUGAUGGACAGUGCAACCUAUCUGGACAAAAUUAAAAAAUUCCUUGCUUCAAUAGAAAAAGAGAAAAGUUCUUUAAGCAGGCUGAAGACUGAAUGGGAGAAUUUAUCAAGCCUUCUGACUGACAUGGAUAAGAAGCUGUUGGAAAGCCAGAUUAAGCAACUUGAGCAUAGUUGGGAAUGGGUGGAACAACUGGUUCAAAAGAAAUAUUCUCAGCAAGUAGUGGAAUAUGGUGAAUUUACAUCUCUCAUGAAUAAGAUCCAAGACAUUGAGAUUUCUCUGCAGGAACAGCAGCGAUGUCUACAGUUAAGGCUGAACUCUCCAGAAGAACAGGAGGGGAACCAAAGCCUGGUUAUCUUGGCCACUGAACUCCAGGCUAUCAAGCAUGGAUUUUCUGUUUUAAAGGGGCAAGUUGAGUUUCAAAUGAAGAGGAUUUGGGGAGAAAAAGAAGGGAAGAUUUUGGAGGAUGCAAUAAAUAAUUUGAAGAAUCAAUUAGAAGAAUUGGAGCCGUUAAACCUAGAGGUGGAAGAUCGGAUUAAGAAGUGUGACAUCAGGAAUAAGAUGAACAAGACUAUUUUAUGGGUCAAGAAUCUGUUGGGAAAACUGAUUCUGCCCAUUUCCCUUCUUCCAGAUGACAUCCUUUCACAAAUCAGAAAAUGCAAGGUGACACAUGAUAGCAUUCUAGGUAAACAGCAGGCUAUGGAAUCACUGGUUGAAGAGGUCAAAGAUAACAGUCCUAGCCUUACAGCAUAUGAGAGCGAUGAUUUAAAUAACCUCCUAGCAGACUUACAGAAUCAAUACCAAAUGCUAGUAUUAAAAUCAACGCAAAGAUCUCAGCAAUUAGAAUUUAAAUUGGAAGAAAGGAGCAAAUUUUUUGCAACAAUAGGGAAGAUUCAACUUACACUUCAAGGACAUGAAACACUGAUAAUUCCCAAGAUAGAAACAACCUCCACAGAAGCUGAACUAAAGCAUUGUCAUGUCACUUUGAAGGCAUUUCAGGAGGAAUUGCAAGAAAUUGAAAGUAUAAUCUCAACACAUCUUCAGGAACUAACAAAUACCUAUCAGGAACUAAAUGUGUUUGAAAGAUUAUUUCUGGAUGAUCAGUUGAAAAAUCUUAAGACUAGAGCCAACAGAACACAAAGACUAAUUCAGAAUAAAUGUAAUAAAGUAGAACACAAAGUGAAUCUCUAUAGAGAAUUCCAUGAAAAAACAUCUGUGCUUCAGAAGGAGGUUGACAAUAUAAAGCAUGAUGAACUACUGCUUAAUCAAGAAAUAAAUCAAGAUGUUAAAGAGGAGUUCUGUAAUCUUAAAGACAAACUCACUGGUAUUCAGUGUAGCAUCUCACAAGUAUUGAAACUUAAAGAAGUGUUUGACUAUAUGGGACUAAACUGGGAUUGUUCACAACUUGACCAAUUACAAACCCAAGUAUUAGAAAAAGAGAAGGAACUCAAAGAAAAAAUUAAGCAGUUGGACACAUUUGUGGCAGAAUAUGGCAAAUAUCAAGCAUCACUAAGUAAAAUGAGAGCUAUGGAAGUGCAGAUUAAGAAAAGGGCUGAAGCAGUGCUUACAGUUCCUUUUACUGCAUCAGAAAGCAGUCUGCUCAGUGUUCACAUUUUGAAUCAGAGAAUUGAGAAAGUCAAGUGCUUAUAUGGUGAGAUAAUAAAGAAACUGAGGGAAAAUAAGGCCUUUGAUGACUCAUUCAAAGAGAAAGAAAUACUACAAAUAAAGCUAAAUGCAGAAGAAAAUGAUAAGUUACACAAGAUUCUUCAUAACAUGGUACUGGAAUUUCAACCAAAAGAAAUGGGUGAAAAGAAUUUUGAAGAUAAACUAGAAAAUUCCUUACAUGUUUUAGAUCAGAUAAAAUCUCAGUUACAGCAACCUUUACUUAUAAAUUUGGACAUGACACAUAUUCAAAAUGACAAGCAUAAUUGUGAGGCCCUUCAAGAACAAGUUCAGGCGGAAGUGUAUAGUAUUAAAGCUGUGACUGUCAUUCAGAAGCAGAGAGAAAAAAACUCUUCUGAAACUAGUGAUUUGGAGACAAAAUUACGUGACAUUGAAGAUCUUCAAAUGCAGCUUAACACAAGCAUUGAUUUGCGUACAGAUGUCUUGAAUGAUGCUUGUGAAAAUGUUACAUGCUAUAAUGAAGCGGUCACCAGGGCAAUGAGGAUCAUUGCUUCCUUUGAAGCCGUCAUUGCAUCCCAUAGAGUAGACCUUGAUAAUCCAGAAGAAUCACUAGAAGUGCCUCGUUGGAAACAAGAGGAAUUAGAAUCCACAAUAGCAGACAUCCAGGACCUCACUGAGAAAUUGGGAGCUAUAUCCGGCCCCGAAGCCAAACUCCAACUUGAGUGUACUUUUCAGGAACUACUUUCUAAGAACUCAGCCAUGAAGGAGGCAGCCAAUGUAGAGGAAGCUGAGAUAGAAAGGUACCUUGAGGAUUACAAAUGCUAUAGAAAAAUUAAAGAGAAAAUUUGCAGUAACCUCAGCAAAAUGGAGACAGUUCUUGGGCAGUCCAUGUCCCUGUUGCCAGUGUCUUACAAAGAAGCUUUAGAGUGCUUGGAACAGAGCAAGGCCUUAGUGUCAAAUCUUUUAUCAACCAAAGAAGAGUUAAUGAAACUACGGCAGGUCCUCAGACACUUGACACCUAGGUGCACAGAAAACAAUGGCAUCUGUUUGCUCAGAACCAUGUCGGCUCUGUGGGAGAAAUGGCUGAAUUUGCUAGAAGCUGCUAAAGAGUGGGAGUUGUGGUGUGAAGAACUGAAGCAGGAGUGGAAAUUUGUCAGUGAAGAAAUUGAACGAGAAGCAAUUAUUUUAGAUAAUCUUCAAGAAGAACUUCCUGAAAUUUCCAAAACAAAAGAGGCAGCCGCCACAGAGGAACUCUGUGAGCUGCUAGACUGUCUGUCCCAAUAUGAAGAGAAUGUGGAGAAGCAGCAGCUGUUACUGACCCUACUUCUUCAGCGUGUAAGGAGUAUCCAGAAUAUUCCUGAAGGCUCGGGGGCUAUGGAAACUGUUCCAGCAUUUCAAGAGAUUACAUCCAUGCAAGAACGAUGCAACAAGCUUUUUCAGAAAGCUCAAAAGAAUAAGGAAUUGAUACAGACUGAAAUUCAGGAAAGACGUUCCUUCACAAAAGAAAUAAUUGCUUUGAAGAAUUUAUUUCAACAGUCCACGACUUCUUUCCAAAAUAUGAUAGUACAGGACCACCCAGAAAAGGCAGAACAUCUCAAGGAGCUUCAAAGCAUUCUUAAGAAAGGGAAACUAACUUUUGAGAGUAUUAUGGAAAAACUGCGAAUCAAGUAUUCUGAAAUGUACACCAUAGUCCCUGCAGAGAUUGAAUCCCAGGUGGAAGAAUGCAGAAAAGCUUUAGAAGACAUAGACGAGAAGGUUAGCAAUGAAGUCUUGAAAAGCUCACCAUCAUAUGCAAUGAGUAGAAAGAUAGAAGAAAUUAACAAUGGACUUCAUAAUAUUGAAAAGAUGUUGCAGCAGAAAAGCAAAAACAUUGAGAAAGCUCGAGAAAUUCAAAAGAAAACGUGGGAUGAGCUAGAUCUCUGGCACUCCAAGCUAAAUGAACUGGAUUCUGAAGUUCAGGACAUUGUUGAACAGGACCCAGGCCAGGCUCAAGAAUGGAUGGAUAACUUGAUGAUUCCUUUCCAGCAGUAUCAGCAAGUAUCACAGAGAGCAGAAUCCAGAACCUCGCAGUUAAACAAGGCCACAAUUAAGAUGGAGGAAUAUAGCGAUCUGUUGAAGAGCACUGAGGCUUGGAUAGAAAAUACCAGUCGUUUGCUGGCCAAUCCUGCCGAGUAUGACUCUUCAAGGACACUGAGUCACCAUGCUAGCACCCUCCAGAUGGCUUUGGAAGAUUCAGAACAGAAGCAAAAUCUUUUACAUUCAAUUUUCACGGAUCUAGAAGACUUGUCAAUAAUUUUUGAAACAGAUGACUUAACGCAGUCCAUACAAGAGUUAAAUAGUCAAAUAACAUCUUUACAACAAAAAAUAAUGGAAAGCCUUCCACGGAUUCAGCGAAUGGCUGAUGAUGUGGUUGCUAUUGAAUCUGAAGUAAAAUCAAUGGAGAAACGAGUUUCAAAAAUCAAGACUAUCCUGUUAUCAAAAGAAAUAUUUGAUUUUUCACCUGAAGAACAUCUUAAACAUGGAGAGGUUAUACUUGAAAAUAUACGUCCCAUGAAGAAAACCAUUGCUGAGAUAGUGUCUUACCAAGAGGAACUGAGUUUACGCCACACAGGAAUGAAACCUCUGCCUGUGUUUCAGCGUACAAAUCAGCUUUCACAAGAUAUAAAACUAUUGGAAAAUAUCACUCAAGAGCAAAAUGAAUUAUUAAAGGUAGUCAUAAAACAGACCAAUGAAUGUAAUGAAGAAAUAGAACAUUUGAAACAGAUCUUGAAUAAUUAUUCAGCUGAGUUCUCUCUUGAACAUAUGUCACCAGACCAAGCUGCCAGCCUGCCGCAAGUACAGAGAGAAAUCGAAGGUAUGGAAAAGCAGAUUCUGGGUUUGAACCAGAAAAAGGAAGACCUGUUGGUGGACUUAAAGGCUGCCGUACUAAACCUUCACCAGCAUUUGAAGCAAGAACAACAAGAAGUAGAAAGAGAUAUGCCGUCUGCCGUGGCAGCAGAGGAGGAUGGAAUGGCCAAGAGGGAUGCUUCUGAGUGGAAGUUGAGCAGAACAGGCUCCAUGUCCUUCCUGCCAGCGGUCGAGGAAGAGGUGGAAGAAAUCUCCGGGAAGAGUGAAAAUGGAGAUAAGAAAGCAGAGCCAUCUUCCGGGUCUUGGUCUUUACUCUGGAAGCAUGACAAGGACAUGGAGGAAGAUAGAGCAUCCUCGUCCUCUGGAACGAUUAUUCAGGAGGCCGAUGAGAAAAUAAGCACCUGUGAUAGUUCAAUGGUACAAAUUCUUGCCUCAGACUCACUAAACACCGAGCAAGGCCCACAAUUUUCCCAGAGGCCCAACCAUGCAGAAAAGGGUGCCACACCUGUCAAGGCUGCUGCUCUGGACUUUGCCGAUGAGCAAGAAGCUCUUGAGGCCACGGUGGAGAAAACUAGGCCCGAGCCUGCAGAAGUCCUCCAUGUCUGCAAGAGCCAGGUGGCUGAGCUGGAGCUGUGGCUGCAACAAGCCAACGUGGCAUUUGAGCCGGAAACAUUAAACACAGACAUGCAGCAGGUGGUGGAACAGCAGCUGGUCGGGUGCCAGGCUAUGCUAACAGAGAUUGAGCACAAGGUUGCCUCUCUAUUAGAGAAUUGCAAAGAUCAGGGCCUAGGAGAUAGUGGAGCCACUCACCAUGAGGCUGAAGCACUUUCCCUGAAACUAAAAACUGUGAAGUGCAAUUUGGAAAAAGUGCAGAAGAUGCUUCAGGAGAAGUACAGUGAGGACCAGCAUGCUCUCAUUCCAAAGAAACCUUCAGAACAUCAGAAAGUUCUCCAGCCAGUUAACCUGUCUGAACUGGAAUCUAUUGUAACUGAAAGGCCACAUUUCAGCAAACAAAAAGAUUUCCAGCAGCAACAGGUUCUGGAGUUAAAACCAAUGGAACAGAAAGAUUUUAUCAAAUUCAUAGAAUUUAAUGCUAAGAAAAUGUGGCUCCAGUAUUGCCAACAUGAUAAAGAUACAACUCAAGAAUCAUCUGAGAGAAGCAACACAACAUGUAACUCUGAAAAUGAUGCUCCAGACUUGAUCUUGUCACCCCAGGGCCAAAGUGGAGAUAAAUGGCAAUAUCUACAUCAUGAACUGUCAUCAAAAAUAAAGUCACCUGUACCUCAGCUUGUGGAGCCUCAGGUUGCCACAAAUAUGAGUAUUCUACCCAGUGUGAGUGUGUAUAACUUUAGAUACCCAACAACUGAAGAACUGAAAACCUACACCACCCAACUUGAAGACCUGCGUCAAGAAGCAGAUAAUCUUCAGACACAGGAAAACAUGACAGAGGAAAAGUAUAUCAAUUUGGACAAGAAGUUAUUUGAACUAUUUCUGACCCUCAGUCAGUGCCUUGGCAGUGUGGAGGAGAUGCUGCAGACACCUGGGCUUUUCAGAGAGGAUGUGUCUGCACAGCUGGUGCACUACGAGACACUGGCUCUUGAGUUGAAGAAACUUUAUUUAGCUAUGAGCGACAAGAAGCUUGAUCUUUUGAAAGCCAUGACUUGGCCUGGCAAGAACACCAGCUUGCUCACUGAAUGUUUUGAUAACCUUCAAUUCUGCCUGGAGCACACCCAAGCUACAGCUGCCUCUAGAAGCAAGUCCCUGAAAGCUGGCCUCAACUAUAACCACAGUUAUCAGAAAGCAGAUGCGUAUGCCGUAGAGCUGCAGAACUCUGAGAGCCGAGUGGCCAAACUAAGAGAUGAAGGGGAAAGGCUUCAUCUACCUUAUGUUUUACUCCAGGAGGUGUACAAAUUAGAGGAUGUACUGGACAGCACGUGGGGAAUCCUGAGAGCCAGGUAUGCAGAACUCAGCAGCCCUUUCAUCACUGACAGCCAGCAAGAUGCUUUGUUGCAAGGCAUGGUGGAGCUGGUGAAUAUUGGAAAGGAAAAGCUUGCUCAUGACCACCUACACCAGACCAAAAGUAAAGUUGCUUUACAGGCUCAAAUACAAAAUCAUAAGGUUUUUUUCCAGAAGCUUGCUGCUGACAUGUUGUUGAUCCAAACAUACUCUGCCAAAAUGUUUCCUUCUUUAUUGCAAAAGAGAGAGACAUUUUGGAAAGAACAAGUAACAGAAGUUAAAUUACUAGAAGAAAGGUCACGCCAACAUGGCAUGAAGCUGCAGAAUUUGUUGCAGAGAUGGGAAGAAUUUGAUGAAAACUAUGCAUCUCUUGAAAAGGACCUGGAAAUUCUCAUAUCUACAUUGCCCUCUGUGAGUCUGGUGGAAGAGACAGAGGAAAGAUUAGUGGAACGGAUUUCAUUUUACCAGCAAAUAAAAAGAAGCAUUGAUGGAAAUCAUGCCCGGCUUUACCAAACUCUGAAUGAAGGCAAACUGCUGGUGGCAUCUGUGAGCUGUCCUGAACUAGAGGUCCAGAUUGCAAAACUGGAAGAGCAGUGGUUGUCCCUCAACAAGAGAAUUGACCAUGAACUCCACAGACUGCAAACACUUUUGAAGCAUCUGCUCAGUUAUAACAGAGAUUCAGAGGAGUUAACCAAGUGGUUAGAGUCUUCUCAGCAAACUCUGAAUUACUGGAAAGAACAGUCCCUUAAUGUGUCUCAGGACUUGGAUACAAUCAGAAGCAACAUAAACCAAUUUUUUGAGUUUUUGAAGGAAGUUGAUGAAAAGUCCUCGUUGAAGACUGCAGUUAUAAGUACUGGGAACCAACUUCUUCACCUGAAAGAAGCUGAUACAGCUACUCUGAGAUCUUCAUUAGCACAGUUUGAACAAAAAUGGACAAUGCUUAUAACUCAACUUCCAGAUAUCCAAGAAAAACUUCACCAGCUUCAGAUGGAGAAAUUGCCAUCUCGUAAAGCAAUCACAGAAAUGAUUAGCUGGAUGAACAAUGUGGAGCAUCAAACUGAAGAUGAAGACUCUGUGCAUUCACUAAGUUCUGCAUCUCACGUUAAAAAUCUUCUUCGGAAGUAUAAGGAGUUCAGAAUGGAAAUGGACUAUAACCAGUGGAUCGUUGACUUUGUUAACCAGUCUUUACUUCAGUUAAGCACCUGUGAUGUAGAAAGCAAGCGCUAUGAAAGAACGGAGUUUGCAGAACACCUGGGGGAGAUGAACCGCCAGUGGCACCGAGUACACGGAACACUGAAUAGAAAGAUACAGCAUUUAGAACAACUUUUAGAAAGUAUCACUGAGAAUGAGAACAAAAUACAGGUUUUGAACAGCUGGAUGGAGGCACAGGAAGAGAGACUGAAAAUUUUACAGAAACCUGAAAAUGUGAUCUCGGUCCAGAAGCUGCUCCUGGACUGUCAGGAUAUAGAAAAUCAACUUGCAAUUAAAUCCAAAGCACUGGAUGAGCUGAGACAAAGUUACCUGACUUUAGAAAGUGGGGCAAUGCCGUUGUCAGAAGAUACAACAUCUGGAAUUGACAGGUUAUUUGAAAAGAGGAACAGUGUUAUCAAUCAGGUCAAUGAGCUCAAAGCCUCCAUGCAGUCAGUUUUACAGGAGUGGAAGACUUAUGACAGACUCUAUGAUGAAGUGAAUAUGAUGACAGUCCGAUUCUGGUACUGCAUGGAACACAGCAAGCCUGGGGUGUUAUCGUUGGACGCUUUGAGAUGCCAGGUUCAGAACCUUCAGUCUCUUCAAGAUGAAGCUGAGAGCAGUGAAGGGAGUUGGGAGAAACUCCAGGAGGUUAUCGGCAAACUCAAAGGUUUCUGCCCCUCGGUUGCUGAAAUAAUCGAAGAGAAAUGCCAAGAUACUCAUACGAGGUGGACCCAGGUAAACCAAGACAUUGCAGACCAGCUGCAGAAGGCCCAGAGUCUGCUCCAGCUCUGGAAGGCGUAUAACAGUGCUCAUGCUGAAGCCACAGCAAGGCUACAGCAGCAGGAAGCAAAGUUUCAACAGCUCGCAAACAUCAACAUGUCUGGAAACAACCUGGCAGAGAUCCUGCCCCCAGCCCUGCAGGACAUAAAGGAGCUGCAGCAUGAUGUACAGAACACAAAGGAUGCCUUUCUCCAAAAUUCCACUCUCCUGGAUGGACUCCCACAACCCGCGGAGUCCAGCCCCCACGCUGGUCACCUGUACUCCCUGCAAAGGGUUGCUUAUUUGGAAAAGAUGCUGCUUGUGAAAGCAAAUGAAUUUGAGGUUCAUGUUAUUUUCCCAUUCGAGUUGGAGUAUCAGACAUUUGCGUACUACCCUCACUCCCUUGUGUCCUGUGAAGGAAUAGUGCUUCAGGGACUGCUCCUUGGGGAAACUGGAAUGAAGCUGUCCCGAACAUACGAUCAUGUGCUGGCACUGACAGCCCAGUCACCUGAUAUUGAACGUUUGAAUGAAGUGAGCCUCAAGCUCCCACUUACUGACGUCGCCGUCAAGACACUGCAGAACAUGAACCGGCGGUGGAUUCGGGCCACAGCGACGUCACUGGAGCGCUGCAGUGAGCUUCAGGGAAUUGGAUUGAAUACAAAGUUUCUUUAUUGCUGUGAAAAGUGGAUCCAACUUUUGGAGAAGAUCGAAGAGACACUCAAAGUGAAUAUUGCUGACAACCUUCCAGCUCUCCUGGAACAGCAGAAAACAUAUGAGAUGUUAGAAGCUGAAGUUUCUAUAAACCAGACCAUUGCAGAUGCUUAUGUCACUCAGUCCUUACAACUACUGGACACAACAGAAAUAAAGAACAGGCCAGAAUUUGUUUUGGAAUUCUCGAAGCUGGCAGCCCAGUGGCAGAGUGCUGCCCGGGGCAUUCGGCAGAGGAAGGGUGACAUUGAUGUGCUGGUGAGGCAGUGGCAGUACUUCACUACGUCCAUGGAGGACCUGCUCCGCUUCCUCACCGACACCAGCCAGCUGCUGUCUGCAGUCAAGGGCCAGGAUUGCUAUACCCUCUCCCAAAUCAGAAGUCUCAUCCAUGACCUGAAGAAUAAAGAAAUCCAUUUUCAAAGGUGGCAAGCCACCUACGCACUAACCUUGGAAGCUGGGGAAAAGUUACUGAACACAACUAACCUGGAGACCAAAGAGUUGAUUGACAAGCGACUCAGCCAACUUCAGAACAACUGGAAGGACACAGAGGUCCAGCUAGCAGAGAUGAUUAAGCAGUUCCAGAACAUCGUAGAGACCUGGAACCAGUGUGAAAAGAAAAUCAAAGAGUUGAAAAGCAGGCUGCAAGUUUUAAAGGCACGAAAUAAAGAUCCUCUUCCAGAACUUCAUGAGGAACUCCAUAAAGAAAAAGAGCUGAUUAAGGAAUUAGAGAAGUCUUUGGCCAACUGGACUCAGAACUUGAAAGAACUUCAGACUAUGAAGGCAGACGUAACCCAGCACAUUCUUGUGGAAGACGUGAUGGUUUUGAAGGAGCAAACGGAACACUUGCACAGACAAUGGGAGGACCUCUGCUUAAGAGUGGCUAUACGCAAACAGGAGAUUGAAGACAGACUCAACUCAUGGAUCGUGUUCAAUGAAAAAAAUAAAGAGCUGUGUGCGUGGCUGGUGCAGAUGGAAAACAAAGUUCUACAGACAGCAGAUAUUAGUAUUGAAGAAAUGAUUGAGAAGUUACAGAAGGACUGCAUGGAAGAAAUAAACUUGUUCAGUGAAGACAAGUUACGGUUAAAGCAAAUGGGUGACCAGCUGGUCAAGGCCAGCAACAAGGCAAGAUCAGUGGAGAUUGAUGACAAGCUCAACAAGGUUAAUGACCGCUGGCAACAUCUUUUUGACGUCAUUGGCUCAAGGGUGAAGAAGCUGAAGGAGACGUUUGCUUUUAUUCAGCAGUUAGACAAAAACAUGAGCAACCUGCGCACCUGGUUGGCUCGAAUUGAGUCUGAGCUUUCUAAGCCUGUUGUUUAUGACGUCUGCGAUGAUCAGGAGAUCCAGAAGAGGCUCGCCGAGCAGCAGGAUCUGCAGCGAGAUAUUGAACAACACAGUGCAGGGGUGGAGUCCGUGUUUAACAUCUGUGAUGUCCUACUGCAUGACUCCGAUGCCUGUGCAAAUGAGACCGAGUGUGACUCGAUCCAGCAGACCACCAGAAGCCUGGACCGACGCUGGCGGAACAUUUGUGCCAUGUCAAUGGAGCGGCGCAUGAAAAUUGAGGAGACAUGGCGCCUGUGGCAGAAGUUUUUAGAUGAUUAUUCCCGCUUUGAGGACUGGCUCAAGUCCGCCGAGAGAACAGCGGCCUGCCCGAAUUCCUCAGAGGUGUUGUACACAAAUGCCAAAGAAGAGCUGAAGAGGUUUGAGGCCUUCCAGCGGCAGAUCCAUGAGAGGCUCACCCAGCUGGAGCUCAUCAACAAGCAGUACCGGCGGCUGGCCCGGGAGAACCGCACGGACGCGGCCAGCAAGCUGAAGCAGAUGGUCCACGAGGGCAACCAGCGCUGGGACAACCUCCAGAAGCGGGUCACGGCCAUCCUGCGGAGGCUCAGGGUAUCCUUCUCUGCGUCACCAGGGCUAUUUGUAGAUGUUUGGGGAGAAGUGAUAUGGGAUAUGCAACAGCAAGCUGGUAACACAAAGCAACGGGUAGAAGAUUUGGGCCUGGAAGAUGAAAAGGAGGCCUCUGAGAAUGAAACGGACAUGGAAGACCCCAGAGAGAUCCAGACGGAUUCUUGGCGUAAGAGGGGAGAGCGCGAGGAGCCCUCAUGUCCUCAGUCCCUUUGUCAUCUCGUGCCCCCAGCACCUGGGCACGAACGGUCUGGCUGUGAGACCCCUGUCAGUGUGGACUCCAUCCCUCUGGAGUGGGAUCACACGGGUGACGUGGGGGGCUCCUCCUCUCAUGAAGAUGACGAGGACGGUCCAUACUACACUGCACUGUCAGAUGUAGAAAUCCCUGAAAAUCCUGAGGCAUAUCUUAAAAUGACCACAAAAACUUUGAAAGCGUCUUCUGGUAAAUCCAUUUCUGAUGGCCACUCAUGGCAUGUUCCUGACAGCCCUUCCUGUCCCAAGCAUCACUACAAACAAAUGGAAGGUGAUAGGAAUGGACCACCCAUCCCUUCAGAUUCCAGCACCCCUUAUAAACCAGGCUAUGUAAAGCUGCUGUUACCUCCAGGCACUGAUGGUGGCAAAGAAGGCCCAAGAGUCUUGAAUGGCAGCCCACAGCCAGAAGACGAGAGACUGGCUGGCAUAGCAGGACAGCAUUCAGGUGCCUUUGACAGAUGGGAGCUAAUUCAAGCACAAGAGCUUCACAAUAAACUCAGAAUAAAACAAAACUUGCAGCAGCUGAACUCUGAUAUUUGCGACAUCACCACUUGGCUGGACAAAACUGAAGCAGAGCUGGAAACGUUAAAGUUGGCAAAGCCUCCCUCUGAUAUUCAGGAAAUGGAACUCAGAGUGAAGAGACUACAGGAGAUAUUAAAAGCCUUUGACACCUACAAGGCGUUAGUGGUCUCUGUCAGUGUGAGCGGCAAGGAAUUUCUGCAAACCGAGAGCCCCGAGUCCACAGAGCUCCAAAGUAGACUUCACCAGUUGAGCCUGCGCUGGGAAGCGGCACAGUGCGCGGUGGACAGCUGGAGAGAGGGCCUGCGACAGUCGCUCAUGCAGUGCCAGGACUUCCACCGAUUGAGUCAAAAUCUGCUCUUGUGGUUAGCAAGUGCUGAGAACCGGAGGCAGAUGGCUCAUGUCACCGACUCAAAGGCAGACCCCCAGGAUCUCCUGGAGCGUCAGAAAGAACUAAUGCAACUGGAGAAGGAGCUAGUGGAACGUCAACCUCAAGUAAACUCCUUACAGGAAAUUUCAAACAGUCUUCUUAUUAAGGGGCACGGAGAAGACUAUAUUGAGGCUGAAGAGAAGGUCCAUGUUAUUGAGAAGAAACUGAAACAGUUACUUGAGCAAGUGUCCCAAGAUUUAAUAUCCUUGCAGAGAAGCCAGAACCCCGACCCAUCUCUGCGUGACUUUGAUGAGGUAGAUGCUGGGGACCAGCCUCAGGCCGCGUCCGUGCCACCUCCCCUAGUGAAGUUUGGAGCGGAGAGAACGACAAAAGGCGAGAUUGAGACAGACAGAAGGGUGCCCGGCAUCGCUGGUCCUAGUGGCUCACGGCCACAGCGCUCCUUCCUCUCCCGGGUGAUCAGGGCGGCACUGCCCCUGCAGCUGCUCCUCCUGCUGCUCCUGUUCCUGGCCUGCCUGCUGCCCUCCUCUGAAGAAGAUUACAGCUGCACACAGGCCAACAACUUUGCCCGGUCCUUCUACCCCAUGCUGAGGUACACCAACGGGCCACCCCCCACAUAGAGGGCUCACCGGCCCACAGCGCCACACCACCAGCCUGUUUACCACGAGUGCCCUAGACCAAUCUGAGUGACUUAGCAUUGGCAAUGUCCAGGGACCUGCUGCAGACACCUCCCUCUGGGUUUGUCCAGAGUGGGCUCUCUGGGGUCCAGGGCAGUUUUCAAAUGAAUUUCUUCCCUAGAGCAGAGAACCUGGGCAGCAGUUGCCCCAGGCAUUUUGGCAAAACUAGUUGACUGGUUUUGGGAUCUCUGGAAAUGGCAGUUUCCUGAAGAUCCAAGCACUUUGUGAAUUCUGAUUUAUUUGUAAAACAGCAUUAUUAUAAUGUAGCUAAUAUGGUCAAUGAA